UGAUGCAUUGUGGUUGUUGAAGUUUUUCACUAUUCCUUCGAAAAUGGACGUGCAGCCUCCGCCUUUACGAACCCUGGACGACUUUGUCAGGAGCUCUGCUCGCUUCUCUUUCCCAGAUGUACGUAAUUUGGAGCGAUGGAAUAACCGGAUAGUCAACAACUUGCUGUAUUACCAGACAAAUUAUUUUGUCUCCUUUCUGGGAUUCCUUGUCCUUAUCGGGUAUUUCGAGCCAUUCCAGCUGUGCUUGGGGGCCACAGUGGUGACACUGCUGUUCCUGGGUUUUGUAUGGGCGGCAGAGAACAAGGCUACGGUCAGGCGCUUCCGCCGGAACCACCCCUCGCUCUCCCUAGUGGCCAUCCUGGGCUCCAGCUACCUCCUGCUGUCCGUGAUCGGUGGAGUGGCUGUGUUUCUGUUCGGCAUCGCCUUCCCUAUAUUGGUAAUUCUGAUCCAUGCCUCCACACGGUUGCGUAACCUGAAAAACAAGCUGGAGAAUAAGCUGGAGAGCAUCGGCCUGAAGAGAACCCCAAUGGGCCUGGUUCUGGAGGCUCUAGGACUGGAGCAGGAGGCUGGCUCUUAAGGCACACACAUACACACACACAUAAACAUCCUUCUGCGCAGUUCAUUUAAUAAACAUAGAAACAUUGAAGUCACAAAGAUCUAUACUAAAGUGGGUAAUUGAGUAUCCAAUAUAUCAAAAUGGGGACCGGAGUAGAGUGUGAUUUCAGUUUGAGAAAUAGCACACGCCUCACUAAACAUAUCAACCUGGACAGAAGCUGACAGAUGUACAGAUCCUGUCUGCUAUCAUUGAAUGACGUCUAACCACUGACCUAGUGAUGGCCCAGUUGUCACCGCUGUGCAGGCUUUAGACCUUUGUGACUUCUGUGAUUUGUGCGGAAGCAUUUUUUUUGUCUGUGUAAGCAGCUUGCAUAGGAGAAGUGGAGAGGAAGGCCUUUCAUGGAUGACAUUAAAGAAAUGUAAUGGUGUUGUUUGGGAACAGACUCCUCUCAGAGGGAAUAGGGCAGUAGGUGGGGAGCCAAAGAACAAUAAGGAAGAUGUUUAAAUGUAGAAAUGUGUAUGAUAUAAAGUGUGAAAUGUGUAUGAUAUAAAGUGUGUGAGUGUGAGAGGGAAAGAGAGAGGUGGUGGUGGAGGAGUUUAUGCUUAGAUAAGCAUUCAGUGAUGUUUGUAUUGACCAACAUGAAGUAUAUGAAACAGUUUUGCUUUUAUUAUUUUUGGACUGAACACUUGCACACUCGAGCAAAUCAAUAGCAUACAUCAUGGCAGCAUAGCUAGCUUAACAAUGCACUCCAGGACCAAUAAGAAUAACGCGUGGUUAGCCAUAAAAUCUGUUAAAAGGCAGCCAAUCAGAGACCUCAAAUGCCUUUAAUUUUCGUUAAUUUAUUAUUUAACAAACUAAUUACACUAAAUUAAUGAUAUUAUAUUAAGGAGUCCCACCUCUGUAGCCUGAAGUGUCUUAAUUUAUAUGAACCAUAUGGAGUGAUUGUGCUGGUGUUAAUUUUAUAAAGUUGUUUCAACAGCCUCCAAAGUAACUAGACAGAUGUCCAUACUUUAUUUAAGAUUAGGGUAUGUGUGUGUGUGGCUUGAUGGUUCAUUUGGAUGUGUAGAAUGGGGAAACUGUUUGUCACAAAGAAGAUUAGUUGCAGUACAUGCAACAAUAUGCCAUUUUUGUUUUAAGUUGGAUUUCAAUGAAGGAUGUUUACCACUUAUAUAAAAUCAGGAAUUUGCAUUUGUGUGUGGUGGUUUGCCCUGUGUGGCGAGCCAGGAACUCUAAUGUCUGCUUUGUUGUUUUGACAUUUUUGUGUCAUCAUGUUCUUAUAUUUGAUCUGUAUGUAUGUGGCCUUCAGUUUACUGUUCAGUGUUUUUAAAUGUAUUGCUAAUAUGAAACUCCAUUAGGCACAACAAGCAGCAUGCAUUAUAAAUAUAUGCCAUGAGUACCUUCAUAUAUUUGUUUUAUGUGCCUCAUGUUUACAUUGUUUUCACAUGUUCUGUAGAACUUAAGCCUAGACUUUAUUUUUAAGAUGUCAGAGGAAAUGUAUUAUUGCAGAAGUGGCCAUUCCUGUUUGUUGGCAUUUAAGGCACUUGUAAAUAAACGCAUAUUUCAUUUAUCACCGUA